UAUCUGCAAUAAUAACGCAGAGGUGCCGGGUACACAACUUUUCUGGGUUCCUUGCCGAGGAGAGACGUCAAGAAGUGAUCCCCUGGGUCCUCGAGGUCUCCCAGAGGUGCAGCUAACUCGACAACUCGCGGAGGACCUCGUAGCUCACGACGGCGCGGUCUGAUCGCCUCCCGAUCGACGGCUGGUGAACGGAGAAAGGAAGGAAGGGAGGAAGAAGAAGCGGAAUAACUAGGAAGACGAGCUAGCCCCGUACACCUCUAGUCGAGCAGACAGACAGCUACACACACUUCGUAAUAGCGGCAGACAUGUCUCGACGAAAGAGGACCUUUACAUCUGAGCUGCUCACUCAUCAGCAAGGAGACGUGCUGAAAGUGGGGUUCUUGAAGAAGAAAGGCCACGUUAGGAGAAAUUGGUUGGACAGGUGGUUUGUGCUGACUACAGAGGGAGUCUACUACUACAAGAACAGAGCAGACACUAAACCGCUUGGAGUCAUUCCCCUCUUUGGAAGCUCUGCAGCUGAAGACACCCUCCAAAAGCACCAAUUUGUGUUCACAUGUCUAACGGCAGAAGGAAAGGACUACCCAAUUCAGGCCAGUACGAGAGAUGAAAUGCUGGUCUGGGUAAAGGCCAUUGAAGAUGCAAAGGAGGAGAGGAACAGGAGACCACCAUCAGGCACAGCCACAGCCUCAGUAAACCCUGGAGCCGGAGCCAGCAAGCCCCGGCCCCCGAAUUCCUCAGCCACUUCACCCAAUGGAGCUACCGGAAAAGGAGCAGCAAAUAAGGAUAAGGACUCAUCAGACGAUUCCGACGAUGACUAGGAGAACUAACCACGCCCAUUAAUUAGCCACACCCACACACACACGCAAACGACAAUAUGUGUGCAUUCAUUGUUAUACCGACUCCCAAACUUGUUGUAUUGGACUCCAUUAUUAUGACUAUUUUUGUAAGCCCAAACAACGUAAGUUUGGCCACAUGGUCAGUGACAUUCCUCUAAUCUGGACACCAAUGGGACAGGAGAAAGUGUCAGUCUCAUUAAGGGAGGGAUUGU